AUGCCCCGCCACGCCUUAAACCGCACCGACCGGCCGUUCCAGACGGCCGCCGAACGAGCGGAAGCCGGCUUCGGUAAAACCCACACGGAGCGGCUUGGGACCGACGUGCAACUACCGUUUGGCUACUGCGCACUUUCUCUAAAAGCCGCUCUGGAUCCGGUGGCGAGCCCCCACGGGAUCGUGUUUGAAAGGGAGUUCAUUUUGAAUUCUUUAGUCAAGCAGAAGGAAGACAUGAAGAGAGUGUCCGCAUUACUUGCGGAGCAAAAAGCCCGGGAUGCGCUGGAGGAACAGGUGACUGAAUUGCAGGCGAAGAGAAGGAAAAUCCAGGCUUUUGAGCAACAGGAACUGGGUUCUGUCGUCCUCUCCACGGCCGCAAACUCUAUCGCGGAUUUGAACGGCAGCUCUUCAAAUCAAACCUCCGCGAAAUCUAUCAAAUGCAAAUAUGUCUGGGUCUGGAAGAAUGCAAGUUUGUUUGUCAUGCUUGUCUGGCAUGACUCUGAAAUCUGUGAUGCAUGUGCAGAAAAAGGGCCUCUUGCCUGUCAUGCAGCAGCGCAGUUUGUCAUGCGAAAAACGAAUCACACAGCAGCGCAAAAACUUGUCAUGCUGGGCUGCAUAUUGUAGCGUGCCCAAAAUUCGUAGAUUUGCAUCACAAGUUUCCAGACCCAGACAUAUUUGCAUUUGAUAAAAUCGACUUUUCGGGGGAAUUUCUCCCUCUCCAACAUCCACGCCAACAAAUUAGAACAGGAUGAGAAGAAAAACGUCGGCGACCGCGAUACCUCCAACUUCACAUUCACCUCUUCCUAUCGCAGGAAAAAACGGUUUUACUGUAAACUUGUAAUGCAGAAAAUGUAUCUUAGAACUGUUUGUCUUGCUACACAUGCAAGACAGUCGAUUUUUAGCUGUGUUUUCCCUUAGGAGCCUCGCAUGGCAAAUUUUCUCUGUCAUGUAGAGCAAUAAACCUGUGAUGCAAAACUUGCAAAAUCCUUAGCUUACAGCGAAACACUUUUUUCGUGGGAUACCUCCCGCCAAGAAUACAUCCCGGUGAAUUUGAAACAGGCACGGCAAGCGAACUUCUGGGUCGCCAGCGAUGCCCCCGAGGCGAAGAAGAAGCGGAUCGACGAGGAGAAGGAUUUGAAACAGCACACGGAGUGCCCGAUUACCGGGAAGAAGUUGAGGCUGAAGGAUUUGAUCCCGAUCAAAUUUGAGAUUUACGACCAAAAACUCUUCGACGAUGGCGGUGGGAGAGGGAUGUACUGCUGUAGUGUGACGAAAAAACCCAUCACCCACCAGAAAGUGACGCUGAUCAAACCUAGUGGGAUUGUUUGCUUCAACGAGUUAUGCACUGCAAAAGUAUCAUACUCGUGCUGAUUGCAGUUAUGCAAGACAAAUUUCUUUUUUCAAGCUAAAUCAGCAUGGGAAAUUCCAUUUGUCAUGCUGAGCUAAUUUGUAUUGCAAUAGUACGAGUGCGAUCAUACUUUUGCAAUGCAUACGAGUGUGUGGAGAAGACGAUCAGGAAGGAUAUGAAAUGCCCGGUUUCGGGGAAGGAUUUGAGAGAAUCGGAUUUAGUCGAGUUGAUCCCGGGGAAUACUGGAUUUUGUUCCCACAACUCGAUUGAGGCGAAAUCCUACAAGCAGAUGCGAACCGCGGCGAUGAUAAACGCGGACAGGACUGGACAGUGUGGGCUGAAGGGGACUAUGCGGUGAUAAUUUUCAUUCCUUUCGGUUCUGUCAGUCUCAGUCCUACUGCUGGCUGUACUGGUAGUAGGACAAGAACCACCACCACGACGGUAUACAAGCGUAAGUGACGACGUCAACAAGCAAUUUUUACGACCCAAAAGCGAAAGCGGACACUACCAAUUUUUUUCACUCUUUGAAAAUUAUAGCAAGUUGUACGUAGCCAAGCCCUGGCUCUCUGAUGGCCCCCCCGAUCAGAACUGG